AUGGAUCAAGCAAGCCAGCUGUAUCAAAAAGAUACCGUCGACGUGAACGACCAAGCCACCCGCGAUGCGCAGGAUCUUGCCGCACUGGGCCAUGCCCAGACACUUACUCGCAAGUUCAGUAUCUGGAGCAUGCUUGCUCUGGCCUUCUGCGUCUUAGGAACAUGGUCUACUAUGGCUCAGGAUUUGGCCACUGGCCUUGCCAACGGCGGUCCUGUUGCUAUCCUUUGGGGUCUCGUCCUCGUCACUGCAUGCAAUACCUGUGUUGCCCUGUCCUUGGGUGAGCUCGUCAGCAGCAUGCCAACCGCUCUUGGCCAGGCGUACUGGAUUCAACACCUCUGGAACACACCAACCGGUCGAUUCGCUUCGUACAUGUGUGCCUGGAUCAACACAUUCGGGUGGUGGACAUUGACGGCUUCUCAGAUUGCCUUCAUGACCGAGUUCCUCCUGUCUAUGAAGCUCAUGUUUGAUCCAGAAUGGCCUGGCGCCGAGAAAGGAUGGCUUCUUUUCAUUGUAUACAUCGGCAUUACCGUGUUUUUCACCGUAAUCAACUACGUUUCCUGCCGCAAAGAUUGGAUUCUUCCCGCCUUCAACAACUUUGUCGGUAUCGGCUUCGCUGGGCUUUUCGUCGCCUUCUCCUUGGCCCUGCUCAUCAGCGUUGGCACAAAGGCAGACCUCUCUUAUCAGUCAGCAGCCUUCGUCUUCGGCAAAUGGAUCAACCAGACCGGUUGGAGCGAUGGUGUUGUUUGGUUCCUCGGCCUCGUCCAGAGUGCAUACGGCUUAACCGCGUUUGACUCGGUCAUCCACAUGGUAGAGGAAAUUCCUGCGCCUCGACGCAACGCGCCAAGAACAAUGUAUCUUGCUGUUUUGAUUGGUGCACUCUCUGGUUUCAUCUUCAUGGUUGUGUGUCUCUUUUGCAUUCAGAGCAUUGAUGGUGUGUUGGAUCCCGCCUCUGGCAACCCCUUCAUUGAGCUUGUUCAGUCCACUGUUGGGCAGAUUGGUGGGGCAAUCAUGAUUGCACUAUUCAUCUUCAACGGCCUGGGUCAAGGAUCCAGUGUGCUCACGUCGGCUUCCCGUUUGACCUGGAGUUUCGCUCGAGAUGGCGGAUUUCCCUUCGGAGUCUGGUUCUCUCACGUUGAUGAGACGUGGAUUGUGCCUGGACGUGCCCUGUGGCUUCAGUGUGCCAUUAUUUGCCUGGUCGGCAUCCUCUACUUGUUUGCCAACACCGUCUUGCAAGCCAUUCUCAGCGUGAGCACGAUUGCUCUGACAGUCUCGUAUGCCAUGCCCAUCAUUGCUCUGAUGGUGGUCGGCCGGGACAAGCUGCCAUCAGGCGGCGAAUUCAGGCUUGGUCGGCUUGGCCCAGUCAUCAACUGGGUGUCAGUCAUCUACUGUGCUAUCACAACGGUUUUCUUCUUCUUCCCGGGCUCGCCCAGUCCAGCAAUCAGCGAUAUGAACUUUGCAAUUGCUGUAUUUGGUGUCAUGUUGGUGAUUUCUAUAGGCUUCUGGUUUGUUCAGGGCCACAGAACCUUCAUGCAGGUGGGAGAGAUGGCGGAACACGUCUUGUACGCACAAAACUGCGAGUCUAGCCAGGACGGCGGCUCCAGCGUGGAACCUAGCAAGGCCAAGGGGCAAACGAGUCAAAUUCCCAGCAACUGA